AUGAAGAUUGGAGAUCUCAAAGGUCUAUUUGGACUGUUGAUGGUUAACAUGCAAAUGUUAAGAGCUAAAUUGAAAAUAUUCGACGUUUCUUAUGGACACGGAACAGCUAAUACAGCUCUUGUAUAUCACCAUCAGAAGCUUCUAGCACUCUCCGAAGGAGACAAACCUUAUGCUAUUAAAAUUUUAGAAGACGGUGAUUUGCAGACACUUGGCAUGCUAGAUUAUGACAAGAGAUUAGGCCAUAACUUCACUGCCCAUCCAAAAGUUGACCCAUUUACUGGGGAGAUGUUUACACUUGGAUAUUCACAUACAGCACCAUAUGUCACAUACAGGGUAAUAUCAAAGGAUGGUUUUAUGCAAGAUCCUGUUCCAAUAACAAUAUCAGACCCCGUUUUGAUGCAUGACUUUGCCAUCAGAGAAUUAUUCAAUAUUUACGGACCUUCCUCUGAAAUGGUGAAGAAUAAGACCUUGAUAUUCUCAUUUGAUUCAACCAAGAAAGCUCGUUUUGGUGUCUUACCUUGGUAUGCUAAGGAUGAGAAGCAAUAUCAGAUGCAAUCGGCUGUCUUCAAAAUGCCAUUGGUAAGGGAAAAGGUCUAUAUUAUAUCAUUUCAUAUAUUUUUAUGUUUUAGUGGAGUAUUAAUUGCCGAGAUGGAGCCUUUGAAGUUGAAGUUGCGUCUAGAGUUUUUUGGAGUACACCGGAAACUUAAGGCUAAAAUUCAAGAUCAAGAAGUAGGCAUCCCAACUAUCAGAGACUUUCUUGCACGGGUGAACAAGAUGUUCGUUGACGAUGACGAAGACAAACGUACUAAAAGAGAAGAGCAUUGGCUAUAA